UUUAUAUAAGUACGUGAAGUAAACGCUUCUAGGUGAUAAUUGCGACACGUAACUGGGACUGGACGCAGCUAUCCGCCAAAAUUCUCACCGUGCUGUGCACAACCGUUGUCCACGGUACCAGUCCACCAACGGCUAGGGAGCAGGAAGUUGUCCACACCCGGAACAGUGCUGUGUGAUUUCGUAGACCGACGUGAUUUGGGUGCACGGUAGCCCAAAACUAGUGAAUUAAACCAUUCGUACCACCCAACACGUCAAGCAGUAUGACAUUCUUUCAAGCGCUCGAAAAAUCUUCCGCCGUGGAGCUGUACACCUACAUCACACUGCUGCUGAUAUGCGUUCUGCUGUACAUCUUCUCGGACUAUCUGAAAGUAUGUACGCUCGCGUUCCGAUUGCCCGGCCCAACCGCUUAUCCCGUGAUAGGGAACUGUUUGGACAUUGCCAAGAAAGAUCUCAUCUCGCGAGAGAUGUCGCAGGCUUACAAAAACUAUGGUCCACUGGCACGCGUUUGGAUCUUUGUGUUUCCAAUGUUUGUCGUGUUCGAUCCAAACGAUCUGAAGGUGAUCCUGUCGUCGAAGAAGCACACCAACAAAUCGAUGUUCUACAAACUGCUGCACAACUUUCUCGGACGUGGACUUAUCACUAGCAGCGGACACAAAUGGAGCUCGCAUCGGAAGCUGAUACAACCCUCGUUUAAUAUCGCGAUACUGGAGAAGUUCGUCGACACGUUCACGGACAGUGCAUCGUCACUGAUCGAUAAGCUGCCGAAGGAGGAAACGAUACUAAACGUCACGGAAUAUGUAAACAACUGUGUGAUUGACAUCCUGAACGAAGCUGUUCUAGGAGCUCCCGUAAAAUCGGCGGACAAGUCAGAGAUGGAAAAGUCUCCCUUUAGACAAGGAAAGGUUGUUGCACCGUACCGUAUUACCCAUCCGUGGCUGCUGUUCAACUCGAUCUAUAAGCUGACUGAUGCGGCCACUGCCGAACUUAACCAAAAGAAACAGCUCGAUGACUUCUCCAGGAAGAUGAUCCGUCGUCGGCGUGAAAUAUUGAAGACACUCACACCGUCCGAUAGACGCUGCCUGUUGGACUUUAUGAUUGAAAUCUCGGACGAAAAUCCCGACUUUACCGAGGACGAUAUUAUCGAUGAGGCGUGCACGUUCAUGUUGGCUGGACAAGAUUCGGUCGGUGCCGCCGUUGCCUUCACACUGUUCCUGCUCGCCCGCCACCAAGACCAUCAGGCAAAGUGCUACGAAGAGAUCCAGCGGCACAUCGGUACGGACUGCUCGAAGCCACCGACGGCCGAAGGUAUCCGGGAGCUGCGCCAUCUGGAAGCCUGCAUCAAGGAGAGUCUCCGUCUCUAUCCGAGCGUACCGCUGAUGGCGCGCAAGAUCGGUGAAGAUGUUCGGGUGGGCAAGUACAAUCUGCCGGCCGGGACGGAAAUCAUGAUCCUACCGUACGCAACGCACCGGCUCGAACACAUCUAUCCCGACCCGGAACGGUUCGAUCCGGAGCGGUUCGGUGACGGGGCACCGCAUCAGAACCCGUACGCGUUCAUCCCGUUCAGUGCUGGGCCACGCAACUGCAUCGGGUACAAGUUUGCGUACAUCGAGAUGAAGACGGUCAUUUCGCGGGUGUUGCAAAAUUUCCAUCUCUUGCCAGCACCCGGCAAAGAGGAAGUGCAGCCCAUCUUCCGGAUGACGCUCCGAGCGAGGGGAGGACUUUGGGUAAAGAUGACUCCAAGGAAAACCGCUUCGUAGGUAGAGGGAAACAGUACCUAUGCAGGAGUGUGUCUGCGUGUGUGUGUCUGUGAAAGCGGGAACGGGGAACCUAGAUCUUCCGACUGAAGGUCUAGAUUAGUAUAGCAUUAGCAUAAGCGGUCGGGGAAGUAAUAAAUUAUGUCCUAAAUUUUAUGUAAACUAC